AUGGCCAUCGAUGCAGGCGUCCACAUGGUGGUCCCCGCCAUGCCCCUCCGCGACAGCGACGACCUCCUCAACUUCAACCUCCUCAACGACAGCGCGUACAUGGACUACGACGCCUGGUUCGACCAGCAACACCUCAUCUCGGCCAUGACCCGUGCCUGUCCGCAAAUGAAACUCCGGUCGCCUGCCGAGGAGGACUCGCCCUCCAUGCCCGUCGCCCACAGGUGGGAGGUGGACAUCGGCUCUGCCCCUGGCUUCCGCAUGCUCAGCGGGUACUUCUGGGUCGGGCGCCCGUUCAAGGCCUGGUUCGAGGAGGAACUGAGGCGCCAGCGCUUUCUCGACCACAUCGCGACCCCACAGCUGGGCGACGAUGGUGGAGUUGGUGGAGGUGCUGCUGCUGCUGCUGCUGCUGACAGUGAACGCGGCGCGACUAUCAUCACCAUCGCCUCGCAGUUUCUCGUCUUUCGCAUUACCGACGACGCCACGGGCCGCGAUCUGGCGCUGUGGAACGACCUGUCCGCCCUCGUCCGGUUCAAGGAGGCCCCGCGCGCCAUCGCCCACGAGGUACUGUCUUUGAUCAAGCGGCCCUACAUUGGCGUUCACUUCCGCACCGAGAGGGACAACAUCUGGUCGUCGUUUGAGAACCAGCUCCGGGUCGACCUGGACGCGCUGGAUCAGAUCUGGGCGCAGUACGGGUCUCCUGGACAGGAGAAGCCGCUGAUUGUCCUGGCCUGUGGGGAUGAGUCGCAGAUCCAGCGGUUUGCGGACGCGGCGGCGCUACGAGGGUGGAAAACGACGUCGAAAUACGACAUUGCAAAGGAUGACCCGGAGACGUUGAGGCAGCUGAGGCAUCUGCCGUUUGAUUUCCAGGGCGCGGUCGACAUGGCGAUCAUGUUGAGGAGUUACUUCUUUCUGGGGAUCACGGGUAGUGCGCUGAGCAGCACCGUGGCGAAUAUGAGGGACAGCACUGGUAGAUAUAGAGGGAGUAGUCUGUUUUACGCGGAUGAUGGGGAUGCCAGGACGCAUUUGUUUAAUGACGGCGACGCUUCUGCGUAUCCGUGCUGCUUAUAA